AAAAUUUAAAAUAAUAAAUAAGUUAUUAUAUUAAGUAAAUAUUAUGGCAAAUCUGUUUAAAACACUUUUAACUUCAUCUUCAUCUUAUUUAUUAAAAAGAAGUUUAUCAGUAACAUCAACUAAUUAUUUAUAUAAAAGAGAUGGUAAUUCAACCUUAACACUUUUUGAUAACAAUAUUGAUAAUGUAUUGAUGAUUAAAGGAAUUUAUGUGAAUGGAUUUCUAUUAAAUAAUGGAGUUAAAGUAAUAGGUCCUAUGAUAAUGUUUCCAAAAACUAUGUUAUGCUGGAAUAUUGCUUCUUCUUUAGAUAUGAAUGAAGAAUCUUUUUCACUUUUGUUAAAUCUUGAGCCAAAAUUAGAUAUAUUUAUUAUUGGAUUAGAUGAUAAAUAUUCAUAUAAUACUCCAUUUUUGCAUAAUAUUAAAGAACUUUUUAGAAAAUAUAAAAUUUUAACAGAGAUAUUACCAGUUUAUCAUGCCUGUGCAACAUUUAAUUUUAUCAAUCAUGAAAAUAGAUAUGGAGCAGCCGCACUUAUUCCUCCAAAAAAAAAAAAUUGGUUAUCAAAACGAAUAAUUGAAUAGAUGAUAAUAAUGAUUAUAUUAUUA